AUGGCGCGCCUUCGCCUCGUCGCGCUGGUGGCGACGCUGCUGGCCGCGUGUAUCCCGUGCGAGGGAGAUACCGCGGACCGCAGGACGCUGCUCCCGGUCCCGACGGAUGACAUUCCGCUCAACAGCACCGAGGGCGAGCGGCUCCUGCGGGACUGCACGCACUACCCGGGCGUCGACGUGCUCAUGCAUCUGGCCACGCAGAGGAACCAGGCGUUCUGCAGCGCAGCCACCGCGGCGACGCUGCUGAACGCCAUGGCCCGCACCGUCACCGCACCCGUCGACGUCGAGUUCGCGCCUUACCCGUACUUCACCCAGCGCUCCAUCCUGCAAGAUGCGUGCGUCAGGCGAGUGCCCACCCACGAGGACGGGACUCUCAUGUCCGUCAAGUUCCUCGCCACGCACGGCGCCACGCUGCACGAGUGGGCGACGUACCUCUCGUGUUUCGCCGAGGUGGAACACGUGCACGCGGAGGUGUCCACGGCGGCGGCGUUCCGGGACGUCGUCAAGGCUGUUUUCCCGACGACCCGCGGCGCCAAGGCUGAAAAGUUCGUGGGCAUCAACUUUCUCAGAACCGGCGUGGGCGAGGACGGCGGCGGACACAUGUCCCCGAUCGCCGCGUACGACGAGACCGCCGACAGGGUCCUCAUAGCGGACGUCUCGCGGUACAAGUACCCGCCGGUCUGGGCGCGGCUCACGUCGGUGUACGGCGCGAUGAACACGACGGACGACGCGUCGGGUAAGUCGCGGGGAUGGGUCGUGCUGGGCCCCGGCGCCGGGACCGACGAGAAAUCGCCUCCUCCUCCUCCUCCUUCGGAACCGUUCGAGGCGGACGAGUACGUCGCGUCUCGCGCGCGGUGCAUGGACGCGGUGGCCGACGACGACGACUGGGACGCGGUCAUGAGAUGCACGGAGUGGCCGAACGUCUUCCCGGCCGGUAACGCUCAUGGUAACGGUUCGUGCGACGGUUCGCGUCGGGGGGCGGCGGCUGCCGAGACGGCGGCGGCGGCGUUCGCGUCGGCGGCGAUCGGCGCCGGCGUCGUCGGCGGGUGGUGGUGGCGCGAGGAGCGACGGAGGGCGAGCGGGUUCAGGCGGCACGUGGUUCUCGGCAGCGAGUUCGAGGACGCGUGA